GCGCCGCGCCGUGUAGUCGUGUGUCUCUUCGUGCCAAACAAUCCAACGUACGAUAGAAAAACGUGAGGUAAAUGAUGCACACCCGAUCGACACUUGUUUUGUUUUGUUUGUUAUCAUCCGUGUGAUUGUUUUGCGCGCGUUGGUAUUAAAUGGAUGUUGGAUUUAUUCACGGCCAUAAACACACACAGAGCGUUGAUUUCCACAGCGUGUGAAGCGGCGUGUGCGUAAUGCUCUUACAAGCACAGGCGGCGCAGGCGGCUGUGCCGACGUUGGCCGCCACCGGGCACUCGGGAGGCGGCAGUGUCGGCAAGGCAGCGAGUAUUUUCAAUGGUCUCGGGCAUGCUGAGGCCAGAGCACAUAUGCUUGACUAUGCACCGGCGCCUGGAUGGACUGUGCAUGUCAACAAAGAUGGCCGACUUUAUUAUUGCAACCAUGUGACGAAAACCGCAUCGUGGUUGCCGCCGGCGGAAGCGUGGCGCGCCGGCGAGGACACACUACCCUACGGAUGGGAACGCGCCCUCGACGAUUCCGGACGAUCCUAUUACAUAAACCAUGUGAACAAAACCACCACGUAUGAGAUGCCGGUGACGAGGGCUCUCCACCCGUCGGAAGCGCCUGAACCUCGCAGUGUCACCUUGGAUCGAUCGGCGGCGUUGGGUUUCGGUUUUGUUGCCGGCUCAGAGAAACCCGUCAUUGUGCGGUUCGUCACUGAAGGUGGACCUAGUGUAGAUAAGUUAUUGCCCGGUGACCAGAUUAUUGAGGUGAAUGGUGAGGAUGUUAAGAUUGCGCCAAGGGAGCAUGUUAUUUCGUUGAUCCGGGCGUGUAGUUCAACUGUAAGUUUAGUCGUCUGUCAGCCACAGGAACAGGCCGGCGCUCGCAAGUCCACGCUGUUAUCAGCGAGCAAACGAGCGCGUCUCCGGACGAAACCAAGUCGUGUUCGAUUCGCUGAGAGCGUCUGCGUUAAUGGCGCUCCCUAUUUCCGGUACGGAGAUAACCUAACCUACUUUAAGAACUAUUGUAAUUUUUUUAAUGUUUUUCUACAGCCAUCAGCGUUUUCUUUGGGGGAUUUAUGCGUGGCACCAAUGGCGAAUGUUUUGAAAGUGUUUCUGGAGAAUGGUCAAACAAAAUCGUUCAAAUAUGACGCGUGGACAACUGUUCAAGAUGUCGUUGCGUCCUUGCAGGCGAAACUAUGUCUCAGCGCAACUGAGCACUUCAGUUUGGUUGUUGAGCACAUCAAAUCGCUCAAACGAAAUAAACUGACUCUACUUGAUCCGGCUGAUACUCUUGCACGAAUAGCUUCACGUCCCGGCGCGCAUAAACUUCGCUGUCUUUAUCGGAUAGCGUACGUUCCGACAUCAGCAGCAGCGUUGGCACAAUUAGACCUUGUCGCACUGGACUAUCUCUUCACACAGUGUUGUAAUGAUGUAAUUCAGGAGCGAUUUGCACCCGAGUUGCAAUACGACACGGCUCUACGACUUGCCGCACUGCAUGUCUAUCAACAUGCGCUUGCGAAUAACAUGCAAGCGUCAAAACUCACCGUUAAAACUGUCGAGCGUGAGUUUGGUCUGGAACGCUUCGUGCCCGCUUCACUACUCGAGAAAAUGAAACGUAAAGAAGUGCGGAAAUUAGUGGCGCAUUUCCUUAAACUGCACUCGACUAUGGCGGGUCCCGGCAAACAAUUAACUGCCUUACAGGCAAAACUUCAUUAUUUGGACAUUGUGAGUCAGUUACCGAGCUACGGAGCCAAGUGCUUCUCAGCGGGGCCCAAAGCGGACGUCAUGGAGCGAGUGAUACUCGUUAGUCCCAAGUUUGGCAUUAGUCAAAUUACAGGAUCACGCAAUUCAGUGCCACAACCAAUCGCAAACAUUGAAGAUAUACGCAGUGUGGAAGUGCGUGCCGAAGAUGAACUCAUGCACAAUGUGUGUAUUCAUCUCAAAAACGACCAAAUUGUUUCCGUCACCUUGGAGGAACGCGAUGCUAAUGAAUUAGUACUUGUUCUCAAAGGUUACUAUCGCUUAUCGACCGAGAAUAAUCUCAUAGUGGAGAAAGAAGAGUCUGAAGUUUUGGAAGACUUAGCACCGCCAUAUUUAAGCCAGCACAAGGUCGUCCCUGAUAGGUGGAGUUAUCUGAAUCAGCAACAGGUAAAAAGUGUCAUGUUUACAAUCCCGCCGACAUAUCAACAUCUCAAUCGAAAGACCAAUGGGUUGUACAACACGAUGGGAAGGCAAUCUAAGCCUCUGCUGACAGGUUUUAGUCUUGAUAGUAACAUGAACAGUUCGAUUGUGAAGAAUAACGAGAUCAAGCGUGACGUGACGAUUUACGAAGCGAAAAAUGAUUUUCUACGCGAACAGUUGAAGUCCAGCGCUGAGUGGCAGGAGACUUCUGUUGAUAUUGAAAGCGAUACAGAUAGUCUCCCAACUGAAGAGCAUACGCUCCGCCAUAGUGAUUCUCUUUUACUGUUGGCUAAAGGUGCUAAGGAGGAUUCUGAACAUUUGCAGUUUACAAACGCCGCGAUUGAAAUGUUAAGAUCAGAGGUGAAUUACUCUGAGAGUGAUAACGAUUCAGUUUACACUCCGCAUAAUUCUCCCAAGCAUUUAAAUAAUGGCGGUGAUAGUGAAAUUGCAAAUGGCGGUAAGUCACGCAUUAGUUUUGGUCUCCACAGUCCUGAUAGUUCCACGAAUUGUGGAAGUCAAGGACAGGAGAGUCAAGAAUUGCGUGCGUAUUUAGAAAAAUUGAAACAAAAUGAAUCCUCGCGGGUGAAUGAUGAUGUUAAUUUGUACUUUGACCCGGAUAUUAUUGACCUGACAAUGCUGCCUCCCCCUGGAACUCCUGAUGAAUUAGACGGAGCGUUACCUCCCGCUAUAGAUGUCCCACCGCAUUCUUUUGCGGAUUCAAUGGAGAAAUUGAACAAAUUGGGUGUGUUGCAUGAGAAUUUAGACUUGGAGGAGUUUCUUGCUAGUGUGACAAUACUUCCGCCCACAUUGAAAGUCACGCCUGCUGUUGAGUUAACCCCCGAAGAGAUAAUGUCGUAUAUUAUCCCUCCGCCGCCGGAUAUCCGUGAAAGUCCGGAAGUUCCGCCCAAACCGCGCCGGGCCAGCGCUGGCACCGGCACAUUUUCUUGUUGUGGUGGUGGUGGUGAUAAGAAUAGUGAUGAUGGAGUUGUUGCAUUACCACCACGACGGGGAUCCGUUGAGGAAAAACCUCCCGAUCGUCCACCGAAAACUGUCGCGGAACGACAGAGGUCCCAGUCGAUGUUGUCAACAUUUAAAGACUUUAAGGUUUCUAAGGAGGUCCCACCUAAGUUACCGCCGCGUGCAGAUGACAGCAGUCAACUUGGGCAAGCGCAUUUGUUUCUCCCACCUAAGAAACCUCCAUUGCCGCCAUUACCGCCAUUAGAAGUACUCAGAAGUCGAAAGAAUACGUUGUCACAGACUAAGACCACUCCGGAAGUACGAACGGCCGGCAUUGGCUCGCCACACCUUCAACGCAAUAAGAAUAUGUACAAUGAUCUUGACUUGGAUGCUGAGAGUAAUGUCAAAGUGGGUUGCACGGCUGUUAGUACACCUACAUCACCGUUUUUAGGCCGCGGUGCACUGUUCACCGCGAUACCCAUAGAUUCCCCCGAUGGUCCCCGUAUUACAACCACCACAACCGAGUACGUGAACAACGUUAACCAGUACGGUAGAAAGGACCUCAAUAACGGCCACCAUCUGCAUUACCAGCAUCACCAUCAUCACCAACAGCAGGUGGUAGCUGCAGUUGCAUCCAAUGUUAGAGACGUUAGUUGUAGCCGUAUCAGCACGACCAACUCCUGCAUGUCCAGUCGUGAGAACCUUCCAAAAACCGACGCAGCGAUGGCGACUCUAACUAGAUUAGAUCAAGUGGCUGCGCAGUGUCAUAGUGCUCAAGCGCAAGGAGGUGGCCGUCAUAUGUCCGAGGAGAAGUUUCAAACGGCGAAAGAUGAACUGACCACACAGUCACUCCAACUGGUCCAUUCCAGUAAGAUGCUGGUGAUUGCCAUGUCCGAUACCACCCUGCCGGACCUCCCAGAGCAUUUGGCAGUGUGUUUGACUAUUCUUCGGCGUCUCACAGAGCUGUGCGCUGAUUUAGCUGAUCAUACCACUGCUCCGCUCCAAACACGCAAUCUUGUACUCAAAGUACAUGAUGUUACUGGAGCGUUCCGCCAUCUUGUCGGUACCAAUAUUGAUCGUACAUCACCAGCUACCAUUGAGGAGCAUCUCGCAGGCGAAGCGGAGUCUCUGGCCGGCGUACUCACGACUCUUCUACGGAGUUUACGCGUUUUUUCGCCAUAGCAAAACGCCAAUCUAGUCUGAAUGGGAAUCAUCACAAUCAUCUCACCAAAUAUUAAGCGCUCAAUGUUUUAACAAAUUAAAGCCAAGUCUGAUAUGCGACAAUUCACCUCCACCUACUUCACUCCCAGACAGUUUUACAACAAAUGCCAAAACUAACAAAGUUUACACAUGUAAGAGAUUGUUUGGGAUUUAAUUUUACAUGUAUAUAUAUGAUAUCAAAGGAAAUUCUUAAGAAUUCAAAAAACUAUAAUGUGAUAAUAUCGACAAUUUGAUUAUAAUUGUUUUAAAUAUGCUUAAAAAUCAAAAUAUCAUCAAAUGCAAAUAUCAACAACCUCUAGUCAAGAUAUUAUGAUAAUAUUGAACAUUUGUUGAGUGAAAUGUGAGGAAGUACAAGUUUAAACUAAGUUACCUAUUGAUAUUGAAUAUUAAUUUCGAUUUGUUUACGUUAUAUGUGUCUGACAUUUCACUUGCGCCCAGUUUAUCAAUUGUUUUGUUUGUAAUGUGUAGUUUAUAAUUAUUGAUAACUAAAUUGGGAGCUGGAAACAUGUAACAAAUGCCAACGCGUGGUUAAGAUUGAGAAUAUGUAUUGUUAAUAUUAUUUAUAAUUUAACGAUUAAUAACUUGUUACAAAUGAUUUGUUUUGUUAUUCUUAAGACAACAGUUUUUAUAAAUGAAAAUAAUGGAACCUUACAAUAAAGUUUUGACUAUAAAUAA